ACUAUGGCGACUCACAGACCAGCGUGCCACUACACUUACAAAUCAUCGUUUCAUUCUAAUACCCACGCGCCGUGUAGAACAGUCGGCAUGUGAAUCUAAUACAGGGAUACAGUAGUACUCGGUGGAUUUAAAAUGAUAUUAAGGGAAUUAUUUAGAUGUUUUAAGUGUUGAAUGAAUGUUUUAAGUUAUUUGUCGUAUUGCCUUAGGAUUACACAAUGUGGAUUGCGUGCGUGUUAUUGUGUUUAGCUGUUGUUAACUCAGGGAGGAGUCAGUCUGCUGGCCCUGCUCGUCAUAUGAUCCUCCCGCCCUCUGGUUCGGGGGACAAAGAAAUAGGAAUUAUUAUAGUUCCCGAGGAAGGAGUUAGGAGUGUGGCUUAUUCUACUUUAGCUGAAGAAAUACAAAUAGGAAGUAAUCUACCAAUAUGGGUUGGUUUGAUGGAUACGACUGGUAUGACCUUGUCUUCAACUACAUUCCCUAUAUUAAUAGCUGAACUGUUACAACAAUUAUCAAUUCAGGGCAUGAAAACCGAGUCUGCUGAUAUAUUCCUGGCUGGACAUGGAACUUCAGGUUUGUUGGCAGCCGAGUUUGCCUUAUCACAUCCUGACCUACAAAGUGGUGUAAUCUUAAUGGGUUCAGUUCUACCUGUAGGACAGUCAGUGUCUACCUUUCCUCUACCUGUCCUGACUCUCUCAGGUGAAUUAGAUGGGGUAACUAGAAUAACAAAUGUUGCUAACUUUUAUAGGGAAUUCGCUCGUGACAUAUCUCAAGAACCAUCCUUCAUUCACCACAGCCCCUUAAUCCUCCUCCAAGGUUGCAACCACGCCCUUUUCUCUGAUGGUGAACUGCCUGACGAGAUGUUAGAUCGAGAUAUUAAGUCGGAAGUCAAUGAUGACGAUGCUAGGAUGCUGGUUGCUAAUUAUACUGUGAGAUUUAUUGGAACGGUGACUGCACAGCCAGGCUACAGGAAUGUGUCUAAAACAAUGUUCCAGUCAGCUUAUAAAACAGCGUCUUCAAUGUUACAGCCAAUCGUUGAUAUCCUAGCAUUAACCGAAAACGAGGCUUUAGGGUCAGAUUGGGUUGGUAUUGUUCAGAAAUGGUUGUCUGGCCUCAGUCCGCCAGAUUUAAAAAGAAUAUCGGUUGAAAGCUACGUCCUAGAGGACGCCACAUCUAUUCCCCCGUCAUUAAUGGAUGCCGGGGAGAGAACGACCAUUGUUACCUUUUCCCAGAUAUAUCGACCAUCAAGAACGUCGGAGGAGAUCGCAGCUCGAAUGAUCGGACCAGAGAGGAUUAGCCAGCAACUAGGAAACACCAGUAUUGUAGAAAAAUAUAAUUGUAAAGAUUUAAAUUACGCAUCUUUUCUGACGGCAUAUCACAUGGCAUCAGCGAUGGCGCGGGAAAGAUAUGAUAAUUAUCAUAAAGGUAUUAUAUUCCAUGAUGAUCUGCUAAUGCAGAGUGACGCAGCCUGGGAACAAAGUCAGUUAUUAGUGGAGACAAUAGAACACGAACUUCACGUGACUGCCCCUAAUUAUCAGACGCCUGUUAGUGAUGUUCUUGGGGAAUGGAAUGGGAUAUUCUUCUGUAAAUUGUUACCUUUAGAUAAAGCUUUAGAAUGGAUUUAUGUAGACUCGUUACAAAUCAAAAAUCAAAAUCAAGGGGGGUAACUGAUGAACAUCGAGACUGGUUGACCAUGUAAACAUAUGUGAAUAAACUCGUGUUCUAGAAAGUCCCGUUUUACAGGAUAACAGACUAAUUCGUGUGUUACAAGUCUAGGAAAGUAACAAUUGUUUGAAGCUAUAUAUACAUCAUGAUAUGCUCGCCACUGGCCUUAUUGUUAUAAGACGUUCAAACCAUAGAUUCACUACAGCCAUCCGGAUUAUAUCCUUAUCAGGAUACUAGUAAAUACCAAGAUGUCACUAAAGACAUCCGGAUUAUAUUAUUAUUAUCAGGAUAAAUACCAAGAUGUCACUAAAGACAUCCGGAUUAUAUUAUUAAAAGGAUAAAUACCAAGAUGUCACUAACGACAUCCGGAUUAUAUUAUUAUUAGUAUGAUUACCUGGAUUUAAGGCGUGGAACCUAACAAGUGAAUACGGAGACAGAUUGUCAUUUAAAUUUUUAAUUUCACCAUCUCGGUACAAAAAUAUAGUUCGUAUAUGUUUAGAAAUUCAACUCACCCCAUCCCCGCUGUGCAUGACCAUUUUUGUUGUUUGGUCUAGAAGGGAAGAAGAUGAUUUUAAUUAACAUGUCCUGCCACAUUUUGGUAAUUAUUUAUGAUUUAGAUGCGGAAGGAUAGCAAAGUUAAUGGUUUGGUUCUGGUGAUUAUGUACGGUGGGUUGUAGCAGCGGGAUACCGUAGUAAAAGUAACCACAAUGUGGUUGCUAAUAAACUAUCCAAAAGAGAUUACACAACUGUCAACAAACAUUGCACAUGAUAUCUACACUGUACUAAAAGCGGUGUGGUUUUACGCUGUGAUUGUAGUUAAUUCUGUAUAAUAAAAUUCCAAUUUAGCCA